CAGCGCGGGGGUACGGUACGAUAUCUAGCACAUCCACUAUAUGCGUCAAUUGUGUAUGCUGCUGCUGAGCUCAACCAAAUGCUGUCAGUGACUCAUUUUCAGUCAUAAAAUAUACAGGUUUACGUUAAAUCCUGACAUCAUUGAUGUUUUCUGUUGAGAUCUCUGAAAAUCUGUGACACAGGAAUACACUUUCUACGGAUAUUUUUGUCAAAGAUAAGCUCCAGCGCACCGACUUCGGCACUGACUGACAUUUUGACAAUACAAUGUUGAUUCCAGAAUAAUUCUACGUUUCGACGGCUAAUCCAGCGCCGUAUCUCGAGAGAAUUUUUAGGGGAAAUACGAUCGUUUCCUGGUGAUUAGAAGGGCAAAUCUGAUUUUAUCAAUUAACAUUUUCGGAUUCUGUGUAUUUUUAUCUCUUCAUCAUGGGUGAAUAUUACGGAAACCCACCGCCUUACAGCACAAAUCCGCCACCUUCAGCUCAGGCUUAUUAUUCACCGGGACCCGGCGGUGGAGGGUACGCCGCUGACUACCCGAACGCGUACAGUGCUCCUCCUCCUCAGGCAGCCGCAACUGCUCCACCGAUUUCACCGCAGCCUUCCACUCAGCCUCAGAGAAACUCUGGAGUUCCACAGCCACAACCAAACAGAAGUAGGAUGCAAAAGAAGAAAAAGCAACAGCAGCAACAACAACAACUUCUUCAACAACAGCAGCAGCAACAGCAGGCCAGGCCGAAAAUGCAACGACAACCCAGUGCACCAUCGGAAAUUAGUCUGUGCACAAAAUAUUCACUGUUCUUCGCAAAUUUUAUAUUUUGGCUUGCUGGUGUUGGGCUUAUAGCAAUCGGAGUAUGGGCAUGGCUAGAUAAGGGAUUCUUUGGUAAUGUAGACACAUUUGUCACAUCAUGGUACCUGGAUCCUGUAUUAUGGUUUGCCCUUGUUGGUGUCAUCAUCUUCUUCAUGGCAACGUUUGGUUGCAUUGGUGCACUCAGAGAAAAUAUUUGCCUUCUAAAAACGUACAGCACAGUUCUUGGUCUAAUGUUGCUUCUAGAAAUUGGAGGAGGAGUUGCUAUCUAUUUCUACAGAAAUCAAAUUGAGUCAUUUGUAACAGACAAGGUAGACGAUGUAGCCAUUGUAAACUACAGAGACAACCCUGAUUUUCAAGAUAUUAUUGAUGGUUUCCAGAGUGGGCUGCAAUGUUGUGGUGUAAACGGCUUUGAUGACUGGGACUUAAACAUCUACUUCAACUGCACAACAGUGGCCGGCCGGUACAACCCAGAGGCUUGUGGAGUUCCUUUCUCUUGCUGUGUGCCGGAUCCUGCUGAUACUACUGAUGUUGUUAAUACGCAGUGUGGCUAUAAUGUCAGAUCACCAGAUCAGCGUAACAGCAUAUCAGAGAAGAUCUAUGAACAGGGUUGUAUCUCUGCUCUGAAGGCGUGGCUUUCCACCAAUCUGGUCGUGGUAGCGGUUGGUGCUGGUGCCAUACUACUUGUACAGAUUUUUGGAUUCUGCUUUGCAACUUCCCUCACAAGCGACAUCAGACGUCAGAUGUCAAGAUGGCGACGGCAUUAACGUAUGACACCUCGCUUUGUCUGGGAUGGCAAAUACUGGGCCAACCGUAAGCAAACGGCCUUCUGAUUGGGCUGACCAAAGUUCCAUCUGGUAGAACCUAUUUGGCUGACAACCUUUUAUACUCAGCAUGCAUGAGGCGAAACUCUAAGGUGUGUUUCACAAGGUUUUAGCCUCAUGCUCACACUUUGACUUCAACAUUGAUACAUUUUAUGAGAGAUGAAAAUAUUGUUAUUGAUCUUUUGGAAAAAGAAUCUACCUUUUAUACUUUUUUCCCUUUCUCACUCACUUUUCUAGAUAUAUUACCUAUACUGUAGUACAAAUUUUGAGAGAUACUCUGUGUAAUUGUGAAUUUUCUGAAACCAUGAUGUUGCUUACAGGGUUAUUGACAUGACAAAACACAGGUAUCCAUUUAUUUCUAAUUCAAAUUUAUUUGGACCACAUAAAUCUACUCUCGGCCAAUCAGAGGCUAGGAUUUUUGUAGCUUAUAACAAAUAGUGAAAAUCACAGACUGUUUGCUUGUUACAUACUUCCCUGAUGUGAAAUCACAGAUUCAGCAAAGCUGAUAUAAAAAAAGGGCAUUUCCAUAAAAUGUGUACAACCGACCCAAUGUGUAGGUGAGUCCUUUCUUGAAAUUUAUUGUCUCUAAUUUUUGGUUUGUUGUAAUGCUCUCAAAUGAUCAUGACUUGGUCAGUUUAUGAAGAGAAGUAAAAUGGGGGUCAAAUGUACAAAAAUGUUGAUUAUUUUACAGAAUUGCCCAAAAGAUUUUUUUUUUAAAACCUUUGUUUUAAUAAGUUGAUAAUAUAAAAAAAAGCUUUGAGAAAGUUGUUUACAAUCAAUCAUAAUUGAAAGUACUGUACCAUGCAUUAAGGAAAUAAAACUGUAAAUAAAUAUGUGUAAUUGUAUGAUCCUACUCAGUUUAAGUUUUAUGGCUUGGCUAUGUGAUUUUAUAAGAUAAAUUAUUUUGAAAUUCAUUUGGUUUGUAUUUAGCAUCAACCAAUCUGCACCAACUCAAUAGCACAACAUGCAAUGCUUUCUUUUAAUAUCUUUACAUGUUGAUUGCUUCAAAUAUUAAUAUGAAACAUAAAUAUAUAGAAUACUCUAAUGUAAAAUGAAUAGCACCAAGUAUGAAAACAAGGUAUUAUUUGCUCUGAGUCUUUGUGCUUAUGACUAUCCCCUCCCAUGCAAUGAUUGUUUAUUGUUAUUUUACUGGAAAUAUUGUCAAUAUAUUUUAUGUUGUAUGAUUAAUUUUUGCAUGGAAAUAAAGAAUCAAUCAAUUAUCAUUAAAUUGUACUUUUUUGUUUAAUAAAUUGCAGUGUGAUGCCCCCCCCCCCACCGAAAAAGGUUUGGGGGUAGAAAGAAAGGGUUAGAGAAUAACUUAAAUAUUUUUAUUAUUGAAAUUUCUUCUUUGUCGGUUUAGUAGGUUCAGGAGGGGGAAGGAAUGGGGGGGGGGGGUACUGGCUGAAUACUAUGUAUUGCCACAGGUACGUGUAUGAAUUUGUGUCUUUCUUUAAAAAUAGGUUCACUUUACUAGAGUUUGUGAUAUGAUAGUCUUUCUGAAAUACUUUUGUUUAUGUAUUUGGUCACGGGAUAAGCCAGGCUGAACUUUUUCUGAUGACAUGCCUAAGUUGAAUUUUACUUCUUUUUUUUGUUAGAAGCUUUGUUUUGGCCAGGGUAAUUAUGCUGCAUUACCGUAGAGUGCUUAGAGACUUCUGAUAAAGUAUGUGUUAAGCGCUAUAAUAGGAGCAAGUAUAAUUAUUAUCAUUAACAGCAGCAAGAGGCUUGCUCAUGCAUUUUUUACAUCAGUAACACAUCAAUUUGGUGAUUUUGAUAAUAAGCAGACAAAAGAUUGUUUCUCGGAAGGGAAAUAUUCUUAACAGACAUUCCAAUACACUGUAGAUAUUAUCGUCGGUUAACAGUGUUUCAGGAUUUUAGACACACCAUUCAAGGCUUUUCUUUUAUAUUUUUUCCCCAUAGAAUACCAUGGUGUAGUUUCAUAAAGCUGUUUGUAGGUCACGAACAAGUUUAUGAAUGACUGGUGAUCCUUGUGGUAAAUCAUAUACAUCAAUUUCAAUUGGUUUUGCUUUAGCUCCUAAGAAAGUGUCACCAGUCGUCCUUAAAGUUGUUCAUAAGUUUGUUGGUAAAGUUGCUUUGAACAUCUUUGUGGGAGACCCCCUUCUUUGUGGUUUAACAGUUUAACAGCUUUAACAGUGAACAAACUUUCAUAUUGUUCACCAUCAUUGUUUUCAUCAUCAUUUAUCGGUUUAAGGGUAAGUGUAUCUCAUAAGAUAAAAAUUCUAGAGGUUUUCUUCUCAUCGGGGUGUAAUGUAAGAUGAUUGAUAGACAAAUUUUUUUUCACUUUUAUCGGUCUUAGUGGACCAUCAUUUACACCAAGCAAGUUGCUUUGAACAUCUUUGUGGGAGACCCCCUUCUUUGUGGUUUAACAGUUUAACAGCUUUAACAGUGAACAAACUUUCAUAUUGUUCACCAUCAUUAUUGUUUUCAUCAUUUAUCGGUUUAAGGGUAAGUGUAUCUCAUAAGAUAAAAAUUCUAGAGGUUUUCUUCUCAUCGGGGUGUAAUGUAAGAUGAUUGAUAGACAAAUUUUUUUUCACUUUUAUCGGUCUUAGUGGACCAUCAUUUACACCAAGCAAGUUGCUUUGAACAUCUUUGUGGGAGACCCCCUUCUUUGUGGUUUAACAGUUUAACAGCUUUAACAGUGAACAAACUUUCAUAUUGUUCACCAUCAUUAUUGUUUUCAUCAUCAUUUAUCGGUUUAAGGGUAAGUGUAUCUCAUAAGAUAAAAAUUCUAGAGGUUUUCUUCUCAUCGGGGUGUAAUGUAAGAUGAUUGAUAGACAAAUUUUUUCACUUUUAUCGGUCUUAGUGGACCAUCAUUUACACCAAGCUAGUCUCUUGUAUUGUGGAUUUCCUGCAUUAAUUUGUUGUCUGAAUGGCUAAUAUAAUACUCCUGAAUUAUUGUUGUACUUAACAAUUUUAAAAUGUCAGUUGCCAAUAUGUGAGUGUGUUCAUUAUUUCAUGUGUAAUAUUACAAAAAUAAUAUUACAUCAUGUUACUGGAUACAGUUAUGAGUUUGUUGAAUAAUAAAUGAGAACGUAUGUAAGUCAUUACCAUCAUCGAUUACGAUCAAGGUUAAACUUUUGAUCAAGUUUACAGCUGUUUUUUAAAGUGUGAACAGGGCCUCAUUGCAUGAGAAAUUUUCAUAUGAUGUACAUGCACGUGCAAGUGUGUCAUUCACACUUUGCAAUUUGUAUGAGUUUGAUUCCACGUAGAUGAGAUUACUUUGCUUCAAACUGCUCCUAAAAGCAAAUUAACAUAUCUUUUGUUUUACCACUAUAGUAAAAUGAAAUAGUAUUUUCUGACCACAAGUUGAAAUCUAAGAGACAGUAACUUAUCAAAUUUUCAUCAGAUAAAUUUUCUACAAGCAUUUCAAUAUUACAUUUUUUUUAGGUAUAUAGCAUUUCAUCCCUUUUUUUUGUCAAAAUCAUCUUUGUCAUUUGGUGUUACAAUCAGAAAAGCUCUUGAAGAUUUCAUGAAAUGUUGAUGCCUGUACUUAAUCCAGAUCUAAUAAGUUUCUCUAAUAAGAGACGUAACCAAAUAUCACCCAUUCAAGUGUUGAUCUUCUGAAAGUGCCUUUUGCUUUUCUUUUGUUAUUUUAUAUGAAACUACAAGUACUUCUCCGUGCAAAGAUAUGUUUAUGAAGUCUUCAAUUCCAAUAGGUGGUAUAUCCUUUCCUGCUAUAGAGCAAAACUCCUGUUUACCUUAUUUGAGUUUAAGCGGAAAAGUGAUGUCACAAAAUGCAUUUUCAUGUGGUUGCAUUUAAAAUCGAGAUUGAAACUUCCGUUGAAAGACAUGUCCUUGUCUGAAUGAUGAUGCGAUGUGAUAUAUCCAAUUUUCAUUUUGUACGGAUUUAUAACUGUCUUGAAAUGGCUGUUUGGAUACUGACCAGAUAGAAAGUGAAUGUAUUUUCAUCAGUGAUGAGACUUAACCACCAGUGAAACUUGUUAUUUGUAUUGUAUUGUAUUGAUUUGUGUAUGAAAACCAAUCAUUUUUCUUGCUCCUUGUUGAGAACCUUUCUUCAAUCUCAUGUGGUUGCCAUUAGAGCUGCAUCAAAUUGUUGAUAGGUCAGUUAUCCCUCUGGUAAGUCUGAUCAUGAGCCAUGUCAAAAAAUAGAUUUUCUCAGUUUACUUGUUCAAAAUUUAAAUUUCAAACUUUGAUCAUGUUAGCUGAUAGACACCUACAUGUGAUGUAUAUUUACUUGAUAAUGAAAUUAUAACUAUCAUUGCAAUUAUAUGAUGAGACUUAUUCAGGAUAAUGUAUGUGUGCCUAUAUUAUGAACUCAUGAACUUGUUCUUAGAAUUUCAAGGGAAAUCCAACUUCUCUAAAGACUUCUUUUAAUUGCCCUUGUAAAAAAAUGUAUCAAGUCUGAAGAAAAUGGACUAAAAUUGUGAAAACGGACAAUCUUGUUUAAGUUAUAUUUGCUGAAAAUACUUAAAUACUCUUUGAUUUAUAGACAAAAGAUAAGUUUGUUGCGGAAAAGAUCAUAACAAUAAUAAACAUAGAUGAUAUUUCAUGUUUCUGCAGCACUUCAUACAUGAAGACAAUGUCUAAAAAUGCUUUCCAGAAAUAUUAUUCCACUGGUUGUUAGAUUCUGACUCGCCCUUUCUCCACUCCCUUAGAAGUGGAAAUUGCUUUAUUAUACUUGUAAUUUUUCCUUUGUGGAGGCUGAUGCUAUAAAUAUUUCUUUUCAGUUUCUAUCCCCCAAAGGGAUUAUUCUCUAAAUAUACAUGAGAUUAUGGCUUAAUCUUGAAUUAAAACAACAUAAAAUAUUCUGCUUUAGGAAAUGACAAUUUUUAUCACUUUGGUAAGUGGGAGCGAAUGUGAAAUUUGUUUAUGACUAAACCUCAUGAAAAUAAUGAUUCUUACGAUCACAAGAUGUAUGAUGAUUGUACUAGAUUUUACUCUCAGCUCAUCUAUGUUUCUUUAUCAGUUAUUUCCCAUUAAUGACUAAGAAUUUUUAUUGUUCGCCCAGUAUAGCUUUCAUUUUCAUUAUUUUUCUGAAUUAUCGCCAGUGUGCUUAGAAAUUUUUUUGGGGGGGUUUUCAGAGAAAAUUAUUUUAUGAAAGUUGGAUUUCCCUUUAAAUAUGUAACAGAUUUCAACUUCCGUGCAGGAAUCAAUGCAUAUAGAUGUAAAAGAUCAUAUAAUUGUAGUACAAUUUGUAUAUACAUGUAUAUCUUAAUCAUUAUAUACAUGUUAUGUAUUCAGUGUAAUGUAAAUAUAUGUUAUAUGAAUAUGAAUAUAUGACCAUACUUGUAUACAUAACAUUAUUCUUCAUGCGAGUAUCUGUAUACACAAUGGACUUACUAGAUAAAUUUCCGAUAUAUGAUGAAAUGAAAUGAUUUUGUUGGAUUACAAAGAUAUUUAUUUCUGCAAGGUGACUUUUCUCGUCAAUUCUUUUUUAAAUUUGAUAUAGAUUUGGCCUCAGAUUUCCCUGAAAUCUAUUUAGGAAAACCUUUUCAGGAGGUAGUGAUUAAUAAAAGAGAAAUAACAAGUCUCAACAAAAUAAAAGAUACAUGUGAAAAAGCUUUAUUGAUAUCUAAUGACAAACUAUUUUCAAGCAUAAUUUUCUAACAACAUUCCUGGGAUUUUUUUUAUUCUACUUUAUCCCUGAUAAGUUGAAACAAAAUUACUUUUAUGAAGCAUGUUCGCUAUCAGGUUCAUACAUAUUUGUCAUGUAAUUGUAGCAUUGCAUGAAAUUCAUCAGAAUGUAAAUAUUGGAUCACUUAUACCUGUAGCUGACUAUUUUGUAGCAGAUUUGACUUAUCCUGUAAUAUCAAUGUCAAUUACAUCUGUCUACAAUUGUUUAUUAAUCAACAGUAAAGUCUAUAUUUAUUCAGUUUAUAUAGAUGUGUGUGUGUUUAUAUGUAUUAUGAGAUUAUUUUAGGUGUUAUGUUAAGUCAUUUUAUCUGUCAAUCAGAAUGUUUCAUUUGUCUCAUUCUUUUUAUGUUUUUUGUUUUUGUUUUGAUAAUCGGUAUUGACUGAUACCACUUCAGAAUCUUUGACAAGACCCUUUAACAUGAAGCUUUGCGAUUGAUCAUGGAGAUGAUUUCUACGAUUGAUCGCCGUGAUUAUUGUAUAUGAUCAAUGGUAAAAAUCAUUCACAUGAUCAAUCGCUAAGUUUUGUGUUAUGAGGCCUUGAUAUAUUAUUGGCCAUUUUUAGUUUGUUCUGAUUUCAUAAACCUGGAAAAAGUAAGGCAAAAUGUGUACAUUGAAAUACUUUUUGACAUCUGGUAUGUUGAGUAAGCAUUUUUAAGGUUUAUAACUCCUUAAGUUUAUUGAUAUUGUCCCUGGGGUUGGUUGACAUAAAUUGUUAAGAAUUUAUUAGAUCCAUGUAUGUAGUUGUACAUGUUAACGUCCAUGAUUUUGAAUAUGUGUUAUGGUGUUUUAAAUCUUUUUCUUUAAAUGAUGUUAUAAAUGUCACAAAAUGUCAGAUGAUCUCCUUCAACAUAUAAUAUGAAAGUAUUAUCAUGUUGGUUCAUACACAUCUAUAUAAGUGAUCACCUUUUCAAGCAAUGCAACUUUUCACCCAUUUCAAAACCAUGAUGAAUCAUUGUUUUUAUUAUCUCUAAUGCACAGGUUCUCUGUUCAUUUCCUAAUGUGACAUCAUCUGAGCUCUCUAUAUAUCUUACAUUUUUGCACCAUGAUAAAACAUGGCUUAAUUUGCUGUAAUUAAUGGACAUUUUGCGCCACACACAUAUCUAAGUCAAAUAUGUGCUGUUCUUCUCGAUGCUGUACACAUUAUUGUUCACACUUUCAGUGAUUCGUGAAUAUGAAAUUCACAUUUUCAUUUUCUUCUUCGAAAUUGUAAUUAUGAGGUGUAGUAUUUCAUUUCACAUUGUGAAGAAUAGUCAGAUGCUGAGAAUGAAUUAUUUAUAAAUCACAUCCAUUUCUUGAAAUUUGAGUACUUUCCUUUGUUCCAUGUAUGCAUGUCGUAGACAGUAGUAUACCAUCCAUAUUCAAUUCACUCAGCAAGUGAAAAGGAAAUGGGGAGGGGUCAUUUAGACUACUUUGACUGAAAAUACAUUUACUUUCAGUCUAUGGCAAGCCAUCUCUACCAAUAGUUGCUGGAUCAUUCUUAGAAAUUGAUUUCCUUAAGAAUAUGCAAAUUUUGGUUCAUUAAAGAAAAGUUUUCACUAAAUUUUAGUUCAUUUUUAAGAAAACAAAAAUGUCCUGAAAUUUGCAGAUUUCUGUAAAAGUCUGAUUGUCGUUACAAAUCAUUAGUUUCAUAGCUCUGUGAAAUUUUUGCCAGUGUUGUUCUUUUGACACCGCCCCCCCCCCAUUUCUUUUAUAAAUCCUGAUUGAAUGUAUAGACCAAGGCCUACUUUGUGUUUGAUAUCUAUAAUGGAAUGGAAUAUAUUGAAAUUAGGUUUUGAUUUUAUGAUAUCUUUAUCACUUGUUUUGUAUGAAUAAAUUGUACAUUAUCGU